AUGCUAACCAAUAAUCAAUUUUCAGCUGCUAAAGCCGCCAAAGCAGCUUCCAUCACUCAGAAAUCAGCUUCUUUACCAGGUAAACCACGUACUCAGACGGGUACAACGCCCAAAUCGAAACUUCAGCCCAAGACUCAGCCGAACUCGCCUGUGAACAGUACGAGCAAAGCGGGAUCGUCGGGGUCAAAUACACCUACAAAUAAGGGAAGUGGAAGUAAGAGUCCGUUGACUGUCGCGCAGCAGGAUUUGGCAGGUUUGCAUCUUGACCAAGAGGUUGAUUUGGAAGCUGAGAAGGAAAAGUACAAGGAGAGGGCUGCGUUAUCAAUGAAGACUGAGGAAUUGAUAGCGAAAGUCAGGAAAGAGGAGGAAGAGUCUGGAAAGAAGAAUAUCAGUUUGAUCGUUGUGGGCCACGUCGAUGCUGGUAAAUCCACUUUGAUGGGUAGACUAUUAUAUGAUAUAGGCGAGUUAAGUGAGAAGGAAAAAACAGCCAAUGAAAGAGGAAGUAAGAAAAUUGGGAAAGGUAGUUUUGCAUUUGCUUGGGGUCUAGAUGCAUUGGGUGAUGAGCGUGAUCGAGGAGUUACCAUCGAUAUAGCUACCACACACUUCACAACGCCUCAUAGAAAUUAUACAUUACUUGAUGCACCUGGACAUCGGGAUUUUAUACCUGCCAUGAUCUCUGGUGCGGCCCAAGCGGACGUAGCGUUAAUGGUGGUUGAUGGAUCUCCGGGAGAGUUCGAAGCUGGUUUCGAACGUGGUGGACAAACUAGAGAACAUGCUUGGUUAGUUAGGAGUUUGGGAGUUAAGGAGAUUAUCGUUGGGAUCAAUAAGAUGGAUCUUGUCUCAUGGUCUCAGGAUCGAUACGAAGAGAUUGUCGAAGCUCUAAAACCAUUCUUGCUUUCGGCCGGAUUCGCCUCUGCCAAAACUACCUUUAUGCCUCUGGCCGCUAUGGAAGGUAUAAAUAUUUUGGAGAACGAUGUUGAAGAAUUGAAAGAAUGGUAUGAUGGUCCUACUUUGAUAAAUGCUUUAGACAAAGUCGAAGUUCCCCCUCGACCUUAUGAAAGUCCAUUACGAAUACCUGUAUCGAACGUGUUCAAAGGUCAGACUGCGAUCGCGUCCGGUGUGGCAGUAUCAGGUAGACUGUGUAGUGGGGUGGUACAGGUUGGUGAUAGGUUGAGAGCAGUACCUGGAGAUGAGGUAGCUACGGUUAGAACCAUCGAAGUAGAUGAAGAUUCUGCUCCUUAUGCCGUAUCAGGUCAAAAUGUAACCCUAUACCUAUCAGGUAUAGAUUCCAUCAACUUAUCAAUCGGUACCAUCCUCUGUCCGACGAGUCUACCUGUUCCUUUGGUAUCUAAAUUUACGACUCAGAUAUUGGUAUUUGACUUACAAUCACCAAUCAUCAUUGGAACUUCGGUUGAGCUGUUCCAUCAUUCGGUGAACCUUCCUGCUACGAUAAGUAGGUUGGUUAACGUUUUGGAGAAAGGUCAAGUGACCAAGAAGAAUCCCAGAGUGCUACAAAAAGGAAUGACAGCCACGAUUGAAAUCACCCUCCGAUCGACAUCUAAUAACAACGCUAGGAUACCUAUCGAAACUUCUCAGCAGAAUAAGGAGAUGGGUAGGGUAUUGAUCAGAAGAAAUGGUGAGACGAUAGCUGCUGGUGUCGUAACUGAACUAUUAGGAUAG